AUGAUCUCAGUCAACAUCGCGCUUGGCCUCAACGUGCUCUUUACCUGGAUCCAAUGCACGCCUGUCGAAAAGACAUGGAGGACGGCUUCGACCCCCGGGACGUGUUGGGACAAGAGUAUACCAAUGAACUACAACACGUUCACGGCAUCAUACUCUGGCGCCAUGGACAUUGUGCUUGCAAUUCUUCCGUGGAAGAUAAUCUGGGGCCUCUCUAUGACGAAGAAGGAGAAGUUCGGUGUUUCGCUCGCGAUGAGCAUGGGUGUCUUCGCUGGCAUUGUUUCAUUUAUCAAAAUCAAGACGAUUACGGCCAUCGGGGCCUUCGACAUCAUUGAUACAGUCGAGCUUGUAAUAUGGGGCGCUGCAGAGAGUGCCGUCACCAUCAUCGCCGCGUCAAUACCCAUCCUUCGGGCGCUGUUCCGCGACUACAAGCCGCCGCCGGCUCGCUUCAUCAGCGACGAGGAGUCGAUGCUUCGUCGGCUGGUCUGA